UAUUAUGGUUUCAGAUCGGACCAUUACCAUUCUACGACAUCUUAUUUGUGCAUUUGCGCAUUGGAACUUUGGUUAUUUUAUGUUGUGUCUCACGUAAUGUGUUUACUUCUGUUUUUCGUAGUUAUUUUUUCACUGAUAAGAAAAAAGUUAAUGAACAUUUCUACUGAAUUGCAACUUGCAAUUAGCGCAACAAGGUCUUUCAUUGAUGAACUGACAGAAAAACUUUGGAGAAUUUGGCAAAUUUUGGAAGAGAUGAACGAAAAAUGGAAGACUUGGUUUCCUCUACUUUACAUUUUUUUUGUUUACGAAACUUGUUUUUAUAUAUACAUUGUUCUUUUCGUAGAGAUACAUACUAUUUUUCGUAUAGGGAUCGGAAUAAUUUCAAUAUUUUUAUUGACUGGAACGUUUAUCGUUUCAUGGUCAUUAUCAAUUUUUUCAUCACUCAUCUACGACAAUUAUAUCAGCAUCGGAAAAUAUUCCUCAUCAUUUACGCCUGAAUAUAGAUUUAAAAUGAUUUGUUUCAUGAAGAGAUUUGGAGGAAGACCUUUUGGAAUAUCGAUGUGGGGAUUCUUCUACAUUAAGAGAACUUUUUUAAUAAGGAUGACCAGUGGAUUGUAUUCUGUUUUUUCUUCUCUCAUUCAAUUAACCGGAGUUCUUGAUAAGAAAAGAUGUUCUAUGAAAAGCGUUAAAAAUUUCACAUUGAAGAAUGAAACAAGUUUUUGAAUAUUGAUUUAGGAAUAUUUAUUGAUAAUCUUUUAAUGCACAUUCGUUAUUAUUCGCGAAAUGCAAAAACACUGCAUUUAUACUAUUACUACUGCAGAAUAAUAACACAUAGAUGUAUUCUAAAAAAUAGCAUAAAAUAGUAAUU